GCUGGUGGAACUUAUAUACCACCAAACCCUCCAAGAGAAGCACCUGCACCAGGACUACCUAAAACAUUUACAUCGUCACAUGGACACAGACAUAGGCAUGCACCAAAACCAACACAACAACCAACAGUUCAAAAUCCAGCACCACAACAACAACCAAAACCAACAGUUCAAAACCCUGCACAACAACCAACAGUUCAAAAUCCAGCACAACAACAACAACCAAAACCAACAGUUCAAAACCCUGCACAACAACCAACAGUUCAAAACCCUGCACAACAACAACCACAAACAGAGCAAGGACAUAAAAGAAGUAGAGAAAAAGGAAACCAAGAAUUCUUAA